AUGAAGAAAUUACAAUGAACAGCUCGUAUUAAAAAUUUAUGGUAAUCAAGUUCAAGAUCCCUAACCAUAUUUAAACAAAACACUAACCAUAAUCUCUUAUCUAUACAACAGCCCUUCGUUUCUCUCUCUCACACAUCAUGGAUUUAUUGAUAGCGAGGUUUUAACAGUUCGAUUUUUGGUAUUUUUGUGGUCGGUUUUAAUCCGGAGUGGCAUAAAGCAAAGAAAAAAAAAUUAAAAAAAAAUUGAACCUUUAGAAUUCGGAGGCAAAAACAUUUGAAUCCUUAAUCUCCAUAUCUUUGGUGGAUUCUGAAUUAUCGGAGCAUUAGUGUUCCGAAUCUUUUUUUUAUUUUUUAUUUUUUUAAAAAAAGGUGAUAUAAUUUGGUUGUCGAUGGGCGCUAUAGAUGCAGUGAAUAUUGGGGGCUGUGUUGAGCUAGGGUUUGAGGAAGAGCCUGAGAUUUUGGCAAUUGAAGAAGCUGUGAGAGUUUUGUUGCAGGUUUUGUGUGAUGAUUCCAAUCGUGAAGGUGUGAGGAAAACUCCUUUGCGCGUGGCGAAGGCUCUCAGAGAAGGGACUCGAGGUUAUAAGGAAAAGGUGAAGGACAUUGUCAAUGGCGCGUUAUUUCCUGAAGCUGGGUUGGAGAAUAGGGUCGGUCAUGCUGGUGGAACGGGUGGGCUUGUAAUAGUUCGAGAUCUUGAUCUCUUCUCAUAUUGUGAGUCUUGCUUGCUUCCAUUCCAGAUCAAGUGUCAUGUAGGCUAUAUUCCAUCUGGUCAUAGAGUUGUAGGCCUAAGCAAGCUGUCUCGAGUUGCUGAAGUUUUUGCCAAACGUCUUCAAGAUCCGCAGCGAUUAGCUAACGAGAUUUGUGAGGCAUUGCAACAUGGUUUCGGGCCAACAGGGGUCGCUGUUGUCCUACAAUGUUCCCACAUCAAUUUUCCCAAUUCGGAGUCAGCCCUCUCCGAUCCAAACCACAAGGGGUGGGUGAAAAUGUUGGUUAAGUCGGGCACGGGAGUUUUUGAUGAUGAUAUGACGGAUGUUUGGACUGAUUUCCUCAGUCUUCUGAGAUUCCGAGGGAUAAGUGUUGAGGAUGCUCAUCCCGGUGGCUCAGACAAGAAAUCAUGGUGCCCGUCUCAUGCUUUUUCGAAGACGGGGGCACUUGAUUCAGCAAUGCUUCGUUCAGUAGCUUCGAUUCUUUGCUCACUGGGCGAGGACCCUUUGAGGAAAGAACUUCAAGAAACUCCUGCUCGCUUUGUCAAGUGGUUGAUGAGCUUCAAAGAUUCUCAUUUCGACUUGAAACUGAAUGGAUACAUCCAAAACAAGAGGCCGGAUUUCAGCUACAACGACGAGCACCUCCUUUCUGAGCUGAAUCUCUCAUUCUGGUCACAAUGUGAGCACCAUUUGCUUCCCUUCCACGGCGUAGUGCACGUAGGUUAUUACAACUCGAACGAGCUCAGCCCUGUCCGGAGAUCUCUCCUGCAGUCGAUAGUACAUUUCUACGGCUUCAAGCUUCAGGUACAGGAGAGGCUAACCAGGCAGAUAGCAGAGACAGUUUCUUCAUUCUUGGGGGAAGAUGUAAUGGUAGUCGUCGAAGCUAGUCAUACUUGUAUGAUUUCUCGAGGAAUCGAGAAGUUUGGCAGCAGCACUGCUACCAUUGCUGUUCUUGGCCGAUUCUCCAGCGACGCCUCAGCAAGAGCCAAGUUUCUGGAGAUCAUCCCCGACUCCGGUGCAGAUGAAGGUUGAUCUAUUACUCUGAUUUGUCGGGAUCGAAUACCGGCGGUGAAUGCUCCGGUCGAGUUAGUCUGUGCUGCGAUGCCAUUGAAGCUGCAAUAAGAAGUGAGAAUUUGUUUGGGGCAUAUAUAUUAUCAUGUAUUUCAUAUUCAUUUUAUUAUCUUAUUUGACGUGGUUGGGGAAGAGGGAGCGGUGAGGAUUAAACUCGAGAACCUCUCCAUUUUAAAUAGGAAAAGUCAACAGGUUGUAUUAGUAUUUCAUUUCAUUGAGGCUAUAAUUUGUAUUUGUAGAAGUUUUUGGUGAGACCUUCUCACGAAUUAAGAUAUGUAAGAUGAUAUGUUUUACUCGAACAACAAAAUUAUUUAUAUUCCACUAGAUACGAUUCUCACAUAAA